AUGGACGCGGAUGCAAAAGUAAUGGAGAGUCGUGUGUUCUUUUUCAAAUACAAAGAAGACUGUCCCAGCGCAACCUUGGAACAAGCAGAUGUUGCCUACAACGAUUAUAAAGACUUCUGUGUUAAAUACUGUCAAGAGAACCCUGAAGCGACCACAGACUGUUAUAAGGAAUUUCUCAUAACGCAGGGUAAACAAG